AUGAGCAUACGAAGGAUUGUCGCGGCAGCUCGCCAACCCAUUCAUCAUAGCUCGGUCCUCCGCAUUUCCACCCCACAACCUCCGAAGCCUUCGUCAUUGCUCUUCAUACGACCCAAGUCGAGUACAUCUAGGAGGUUCCAUCAGCAUGCGACACGCAGCUCUCAGCAGACUGUAGUUACGCCUGAAUCCACGAACCCUGCGCUAUCGUUCCCUUGCCUCGACGCCGUAGAAUCUCGAUCGGCCUCUUUAUCACAGUCCCGCCGUUCACUAUCUGGUCCCGAACCUUCAUAUACCUCUGGAAAACAUCUCGAUUUUCGAUCCCGCGAACCUCUACUCCUAGACUGGGGCGGCAUACUUCCGGAUUUCAACAUCGCGUAUGAGGCUUGGGGAACUUUGAACAAGGACAGGAGCAAUGCGAUAUUGCUACAUACCGGGCUUUCGGCGUCGAGCCAUGCACACAGCACAGAAGCCAAUCCCCAACCCGGCUGGUGGGAGAAGUUCAUUGGCUCUGGAAAACCGCUGGAUACAGAUAAAUACUUUGUCAUUUGCACCAACGUCAUCGGCGGGUGCUAUGGAUCCACCGGUCCUUCUUCGAUCGAUCCAGCAAACGGAGAACGAUAUGCGACAAGAUUUCCCAUUCUCACAAUGGAGGACAUGGUUCGUGCGCAAUUUCGACUACUGGACUCGUUAGGAAUCGACACAUUGUAUGCCAGUGUUGGCUCGAGUAUGGGGGGCAUGCAAAGUCUAGCUGCGGGUGUCCUCUUCCCAGAGCGCGUCCGGCGCAUCGUCAGUAUCAGUGGUUGUGCGCGUAGCCAUCCUUACAGCAUCGCGAUGCGACACACACAGCGACAAGUGCUUAUGAUGGAUCCGAAUUGGGCGCGGGGAUUUUAUUACGACGGCAUCCCUCCACACGGGGGAAUGAAGCUAGCCCGCGAAAUCGCAACAGUUACGUACCGGAGUGGCCCCGAAUGGGAGCAACGUUUUGGACGCCGGCGCGCGGACCCUUCCCGUCCGCCAGCGCUAUGUCCCGACUUCCUCAUCGAAACGUAUCUUGAUCACGCCGGAGAAAAGUGGUGUCUCGAGUAUGAUCCGAACAGUUUGUUGUAUGUCUCCAAGGCAAUGGACUUGUUCGACCUCGGACAGGAGCACCGCAAUCGCAUCAACAAGGUCAGGCAAGAGAACAGCGGCAAGCUGCAAGCCUUCAAGGAGGGCAAAGGAGUCGACAGCACGGCGAAUGGUGAUGUCUGCAAUCUGACUCUUCCCGAUCAGCCCUAUGAAGAAAAGGAACAGCCAGCAGAUGUCGCGGCGGUGGAUGGUAAGGAUGGUGUUGGGGCUCCCGACAGCGAACCACCCCCGGAUCUGGUUGCCGGCCUGAAGCCUCUCGCGAAUACCCCGGCCUUGGUAUUGGGUGUUGCCAGCGACAUAUUGUUUCCCGCAUGGCAACAACGUGAGAUUGCCAACACGCUGAAGCGCACCGGAAAUCGCAAUGUGACGCACGUAGAACUUGGAGAGGAAAUGUCCCUGUUUGGGCACGAUACAUUCUUGCUGGAUCUCGAGAACGUUGGUGGGGCGGUGAAGCGCUUCCUGGGAUGA